AUGGUAUCUCCGCAAUUCGAGUCAGCUCGGCUGCAUCCGCGACGUCGGCCUGUGGUCAACACAUCCCUCGAUUCGACAGUUGCUGAUGCAGACUCGGCUCUUUCCAAAAUGCAGCUGAAGAAGGGCGAGACAUUCAACGCACCAACUAGCCCCCCUUCUGCUGAGAGCGAUCCUGUCAUGAGUAUUCGAUCGCUUCCUCAUCGAUCGCCAACUUCUCUCGACGCUCUGGCUGCUGAUGAAGAGAGUAUGGCAUCCAUUUUCGAGCGUCUAAACCUCGAUGAUAAGUGUGAUCUCCAGAGCAGGUCCACAGGUGUCCAAAAGGAAUCCAAAAUGUCUGCAUCGGGGAACCGGGUUGAGGCACAGCAGCAAGACGACGGCCACGAUUCCGACAGCGGACUUGGGUCAUCAGUGAGUAGCUGCGACUCAGUGCCUGAGGCCAGCGAGAAAGAGAUGAAGGACGUCUCCGCGACGGAGGACUCAUCUGCCUAUAAUUCUCUCCCGUCUUCGCAAGGCUUCAGCCCUAAACGUGAAUUGCCCCUUUCAGCGUGCAAACAAAUUGAACGCUAUCUUUUGCUGCCACUACUGAAGGAGUCCAAACUUCAACCUUUUCAUCCUCUCCUCAAAACUGUUCCAACUCGCAUCGCCAACAAGCAAAUUGCCUGUCUUCGCGAUCUUGAGAAAAUCCUCUUGUGGCUCGCACCCAACUUCUCACCUUCACGACACGCCUACUUGACAUUCUGCGAGUACACAAUCCAGUGUCUCCACACCGCGGUCUCUCACCUGAACGCCAACGAUCAGCGUCUUCCAGCUGAUCGUCCAUACACGAACGGCUACUUCCUCGACCUAGUUACGCAGGUCCGCCGUCUCGCCGCCAUGGUUCAGGCGACUUCCGGAAAAGGCAAGGGACGUGUGUCCGAGAACGAGGAGAUGAAUGGUGUUUCUGUUCCCUCUGCCACCCUUAAUGGUGGCCUAACCGUCAAUGGCCGUGUCGCCGAGCUGGUGAUCCUGAAGGAUGGCGAAGUCAUCUCGAUGGCCACCGGCAAGCCCUACCAAGGGCCUUCGGCGAUCAAGCGUGCCCACGGCCCUAGCGAGGCCGACGAGGAGGCGCUUGACGAGGGUGUCAUGCGGUCGAUGGCCCGUCGCAAGAAGAACGCACCGCCCAUGGACAUCAACCAGAAGUGCGAUCACUGCGACAAGGUCUUCAAGCGGCCAUGCGACCUGACCAAGCAUGAGAAGACCCACUCGCGCCCCUGGAAGUGCUCCGAGGUGACCUGCAAGUACCACCAGGUCGGCUGGCCCACCGAGAAGGAGCGGGAUCGCCACGUCAACGACAAGCACGCGGCCUGUCCCGUCCUCUACCACUGCCAGUACGUGGACUGCACCUACACCUCCAAGCGGGAGAGCAACUGCAAGCAGCACAUGGAGAAGUCGCACGGAUGGACCUACCAACGAUCCAAGAACAACUCCAAGAAGGGCAAGAACGGCCAGUCUGUCAAGGACGAAUCUGAGCAGCAUUCCCCUGCCGGUGCCGAUGAGAUGUCUCCCACUUCUGGCCUGACCGACUUCAACACUCCCAUCGUUGGUCCCACUCCGUCACCCUUUGAGCCAUCUCUCACCUUCUCCGACCGUGGUUCGUCUUACAUCAACUUUGCGGAUCCACCUGCGCCAGCUCAGGGCAAUGGCUACUCCAGCUUGUUCGACCAGGGUGUUGUCCAGCAGCCUGAGGGUGCCAUGUCUUACCAGUCGCCCCCGGAGAUCGCCCCUUUCUUCCAGACUUCUCCCGGUUAUGAGACCUCUCCUGACGCCACCCGAGCUACGAGCCUCGACUUCACCGCAGACGAUGUUGUGAACUUUAGCAACUUGAACAAUUUGCAGGCUCAAUUUGCCGGUGGCCGGCCUGACGAACUUGUCUCUGACCUGGCGAUGCACCAGUCAAUCGUUGCAUCCAUGUCUUCCGUGCCAUCUCUCUCUGGCUCCGCGUCUGCGUCUAUGAGCGACUCUCCUCCUGCCGCUGCUGCUCUUGGAACCGAUCCAUGGCAAGACCUGGAUUGGCAGCCUAAUUACUCUGUCCAGGCCAACGGCAACAAUGGGUACAAUGGUAACGACGGCUACAACACCACCGCUGACCUCAGCGACGGUAAGCCCAUUAUGAUGGCCGGUCUCUCACCCACUGCUCAAGGUCACCUUAUGUUGCUCUCCCCCGACAAUGGCUUCGCCGCUUCAAACAUUAGCGCGUCCUUCCCUUACGGUGGUCAGAAUAUGCAACAGAACAUCCAGCAGAAUAUUCAGCAGCCCAUGCAGCAACCCCUGCAGCAACCUAUGCAGCAGAAUAUUCAGGACUUUGAAGGUCAGCAUGUGCAAGACUUCACCCUUUUCGACCAGCCGAGACCCGUCAUCCCCAUCGACUUCCCUGGUCCCUCCUACGACUGGCUCGGCACAGGAUGGAUGAUUGAGAAGUCCUAG